CCGGGUCUGUUUUGGUAAUGCUGAACCGUAUGGUUCAAGAAUCAUUUUGCGGAGUUCUGACGGAUUACAGCAGUGUUAAACGGAUGUUUUCUAUGCCCAGUGCAUGCUGGAACAGAAGCUCUAUUAAUACGUUUCAAAGAUCACAUCCAAGCACGACAGUAUUCAUUCACGAUGAUUCAAUUGGUUUCCAUCUCUAAGUAUUGGGCGGCAUAGAGAAUCAGAAGAUGCAAGGAACGUACUAAAACCCUAACCCUAGCUGCACAAAACCCUUCAUUACUUUGUUUGGGGGCAUCGGAGAUGAUGGAUGUGUCACCUGAAAGCAACCCUCAAGAGCCCGAGGUGUUGCGCAAACUCACAGCAACUGGCGGUCCUUUAUCUACUUCAAUCGCGAAGCUCUCUGGCUCUUCAAGAGGCAUACCUUCGGAAAAGGACUUCCAUUUCUACAAUAAUUUCCCCGAAUUUAAGUCCCCAGUCAAAAAAAUCGACCAGAAAUCGAAGGAGAUUCUCGAGAAGGUAGGGACGCUGUCAGAAUUAUGGGGGAGAGCGAUUCCACUGCCAGAAGAUUCUGACGAUGAGUAUGACUGGCUGGUGAAUGUUAACGACGAUGUGCUUGAGAGGCUUGACACUUCGCUUGACGAGUUCCAGACUGCACGCAAGGCAGUGGAGGGAAAUGGAGUGAAAGUUGAGUCAGAUGAUGGGUUUCAGUUAGUACUGGGUCGGAAAAACAAGAAAGCAGCAAAUGCUAGUGGCUCUGCCAACCGCAUGGCCGAUAGAAGGGAAGAGAAGGUGGCGGAUGGGGUGAAGGUGGCUACAAAACCCAAGCCAAAGGUGCCAUUUCAUGUACCCACUAUUCGUAGGCCACAGGAUGAGUAUAAGAUAAUCGUCAACAACGCUAACUUGCCUUUCGAGCAUGUGUGGCUGCAAAAGAGUGAGGAUGGUUCCAGGUUCAUGCAUCCCCUGGAGACGCUUUCUGUCAUGGACUUUGUUGAGUGUGCUGGCUCUAUAGAGCCCGCUGAACCUCCUCCUCUAGAGAAAACUCCAUUUAAAUAUGUGGAACAGCUCAAAGAUCUGAAGCAGCUUGCUGCCAAGCUUCGUGGAGUGGAUGAAUUUGCGGUUGAUUUGGAGCACAAUCAAUAUAGAUCAUUUCAAGGAAUGACAUGCUUAAUGCAAAUAUCAACCCGAAGUGAAGAUUUUGUUGUAGACACACUGAAACUCCGUGUUUAUGUUGGUCUAUAUCUAAGAGAAGUUUUCAAGGACCCAACCAAGAAAAAGGUGAUGCAUGGAGCGGAUAGAGAUAUUGUGUGGCUUCAACGGGACUUUGGCAUAUAUGUCUGCAAUCUAUUUGACACCGGUCAGGCCUCAAGAGUUUUGAAAUUGGAGAGGAAGAGCCUGGAAUAUCUGCUGCUCCAUUAUUGUGGCGUUGAGGCAAAAAAAGAGUACCAGAAUGCAGAUUGGAGAAUGCGCCCGCUUCCUACUGAGAUGAUGAGAUAUGCACGAGAAGACACACACUUUCUGUUAUAUAUUUAUGAUGUAAUGAGAAUGGAAUUGCUUGAGCUACCCAAUGACCCUGAUUCUUCUGAUUCUCCUAUGGUAGAGGUAUACAAGCGCAGCUAUGAUAUAUGUAUGCAGCUGUAUGAAAAAGAACUUUUAACUGAUAGUUCAUAUCUCCACAUAUAUGGGUUGCACGGAGCUGGGCUGAAUGCUCAACAGCUUGCCGUUGUUGCAGGACUAUGUGAGUGGAGGGAUACUAUUGCCCGUGCAGAAGAUGAAAGUACGGGCUAUGUUUUGCCAAACAGAGCGCUGGUUGAAAUUGCUAAGCAGAUGCCUCUCACUCCCCACAAGUUGAAAUGGCUUGUAAAAUCAAAGCAUCCAUAUGUUGAGCACAACCUUAGUGCAGUUGUCAGCAUCAUUAGGCAUUCUCUCCAGAAUGCUGACGCGUAUGAAGAUGCUGUCAAACUGUUAAAUGAAAGACGUAUAGCAUAUGAAGAAAAUGCUCAGGCUGCUGCUACUGAAGAGGCAGAAGACUUUACACCUGAAUCUCCUGAACUAGUGAAAAUGGAGACAGAAGCAGAAGUUAAUAAUAUCAGUAACAAUGAAGUUAGCCCUACUUCAAGGGACAACAAAACUGGGGAUAAACCCGAAAAUGGGAGUGUGGAAGUUGCUACAUCCAAACAGACAGAAGUAGUUGUUCCUGCUCCAAGGAAGCCAAGCCGUGGUCUUGGGAUGUUUCUCGGUGGCUCAGCCAAGAGGAAGUUGGACUCUGAUAGAAGAGAUGAAAUGAAAUUGGAGCAGAUAAAGUCUUCUUUGAAUCUCAGGUUCAACACAUUUGCCGAUAGCAAUGAACUGUCUCGACAUGCUUUGCUAGAAGAACCACCUGUUUUGCCUUUAAAAAGCUCACAUCACAGUGAGCCUGUUUCUGACCCAGCUUCUACCGCUGCCCAUUUGGAUGAUAUUAUACCUUUGGUUGUUGAUGAUGAUGACAUUGAAGAACCAGUAAACGAAGCAGUAGAUGAAGGCUCCAAAGCUGCUGAUAAAUAUUCACUGCCAGUCACAACCUCACAAAUAGGAGAGAUUAUAGAAGUGGAUGAUGACAGUGAUGAUGCUGCUGCUGCCGCUGAGGGAGAACUACAAAAUGGUGAUAUGGAAACUGCUUCUAAUGCGGUUCACGAGAAGCCACCUCAUAUCUUUGAUGGUGUUGGAAAGGAGGGGGAGGAUGUCCCAGCUGUCUCGCUCUCUGAACUCUCUUCUAAUUUCCAGAAGUGCUUCCAGUCUAUUGAAGAUUCACGGGCUGCCAAGCUAGACGAGAAAUCCAAGGGCAAAUUGCAGGUCGAGCCAUUCGACUAUGACGAGGCAAGGAAGGAAGUUAGUUUUGGGGAGGAUAGUAGCAAGGCGGUGGGUGAGAAAUCCAAUAAUAAGAAGAAGAGUUCAGUCCAACCUAUCAAGAGUGAACUGACAAAUGAGUUUCAGCCAGGGAAACGACGCCAAGCUUUUCCUGCUUCUGGAAACCGUAGCUAUACAUUCCGUUAGCAGAUUGCGGGGUUAGGGUCUUUCAGCCUUGCGGAUCUCUCAAAUGGUAGAAGAGAAAUCCGAAAGACUGCAAACUGUAUCUAUGAAGUUGAAAACAUGUAGUAUGGAAUACUUGGAUGUAUGAAAGAUAUUAUGAUGCAAUAAUAUUACAAAAAAAAUAAUCCUCCCAUCCUUAAAGGGUGUGGCAUUUUACUUCUGUGAUCAACUUGAUUUCCUUUUAUUUGCUUAUGAAAUUUUGUAUUGAACUUUAAUUAUAUUUGAAUGUCUUUUUGGGACUUGAUAUAGCUUAUAGUGUAGUUCUUAGAUAUGUAAAUUUCAAAUGUAAAUGACUUGCAAAAAAAUUGGGAUAAAGCCAGAGUUAACAUUUACCUGUA